GGCCUCAACUUACAACUUCCCAACUCUCUCUCUCUCUCUCUCAUGGCAGAAUUAGAUCAAGAACUUGAUCCUCCUCCCUUCUUUCUUUGCCCCAUCUCUCUCCAAAUCAUGAAAGACCCCGUCACGGUCGCUUCCGGCAUAACCUACGACCGCGAAAGCAUUGAGAGAUGGUUGUUUUCAGAUAGACACAAGACGUGCCCUGUCACGCAGGUUGUCUUGUCGAGCUUCGACAUCACUCCCAACCAUACUAUAAGACGAGUCAUUCAAGCUUGGUGCACUAUCAAUGCUUGCAAGGGCAUUGAGAGGAUUCCGACGCCUAAGCCACCGAUUGAUUGUAAGCAAGUGGUUCGAAUUCUUGCAGAUGCCAAAUUGUCUCCGUUCUCGCAACAGAAUUGUCUCCGACGACUCCGAUCUAUUGCAGCCGCAAGUGAAUCUAAUAAACGUUGCAUGGAAGCAGCUGGAGCUGUGGAGUUCUUGGCCGGAAUUGUGUGUAAUUCCACCAACGUGGAAUUCAGCUUAGAAGAUUACGCUUACUUGAUUGACGACCAGUUCGCGAAUUUGGGCGAUGAGGCUUUGAGCAUUCUUUACAAACUUCAAAUCUCCGAAUCCGGCCUGAAAUUUCUACUCGCCAACAAUGGCGGCAUCUUCGUCUCAACCUUAACCAAAAUCUUGCAAAACGGAACCUAUGGCUCCCGAGCAUAUUCAGUAAUGCUUCUAACUUCGAUGUUCGAAGUUGCAGAUCAGAUUCAGAUCCUCAGCCUAAACACCGAUUUCUUCAUCGAAAUCGUCCAAAUUCUGAAGGAUCAGAUCUCGAAACAGGCUUCGAAAUCGGCAUUGAAACUGCUAAUCGGUCUUUGUUCGAGUUCCAGAAACAGAGUUAAGGCGGUCCAAGCAGGUGCGAUUCCGGUUCUGAUCGAUCUCCUCCUCGAUCUCGAUUCGUCAGAGAAGCGUUCGUGCGAGAUGAUUCUCGUGACGCUCGAUCUACUCUGCCGCUGCGCCGACGGCAGGGCGGAGGUACUGAAUCACGCGGCAGGGAUCGCUGUUGUAUCGAAGAAGAUUCUGAGAGUUUCGACUCUCGGAAGCGAGAAGGCCGUCGGAAUCUUGUGCUCUAUCGCGAGAUUCUCGGCGAGCGAAAGCGUCGUCCAGGAAAUGAUGCGGCUCGGAGUUGUGACGAAGCUCUGUUUUCUGCUUCAAGUCGUCGGCGCCGGAGGCAAAGCGAAGGAGAAAGCGAAAGAGAUUCUGAAGCUUCAUGGUCGGACAUGGCGGAAUUCUUCAUGUCUGCCUUCGAGUCUGCGAUCUUCUUUUCCACAUUAGGGUUUGUUUUUGCCCCCAAAACUUUCUUUAUUUCAAUUGAUUGAAAUUGGUUUGUAUAUUAAAAAAAUUGGUACA